AAUUAAAUUUUAAUUUUUAAUCGAAGCAUUUCUUUAGCAAUUGCCCAAUUUUAGUUCCACAAGUUCUACAUAUGUAUCAUUUUCGUGUUUUUAAAUCGCAUUUGGCUUCAAGUUCGCACUAGGCACUUUUAGUUAAAUAUAAAAAUAACCAUUACGGGAUCAGUGGACGUGGAGUUGGCCCGCAUUCAAUACUCCGGUGCACAUUGCGUUGUUGACAUUUCAUAUCCAGCAGUCGUACUGUAGCUAUACGUCUUGAUAAUAUGCAAAUGUAAUCAUGACUUCGUCGUAUAGAAACUCACGGCCACCAUGGAGAUCUCCGAGUCAAAGUUAUACAUCGGCUCCAGAACGUCCUACUACUUUAGGAACAAGUUCAAACCGUUUUUUAAGUGGAAGUUCAUACAGGGCCUUAACGGGGAAUUCAGCUCUACCAACUCGUACGUACGGUGGCGAUUCAAGCUCCGUAACUGCACUAAAAGACAAAUUUUCUUCCAUUGCGAGGGACAAAGCUGUAUUAGCUGAUAAAAGGAUGAGAGUGGCGUCAUCUGGUUUUGGUAACAAACCUACUCUGAGAACUGGAAGUGCUAGCCGCUUUGGUGCGCCGAUUGUUCGGAGUCCGAUCAAGGAACAAUCUGUAACAGUUUUCGGAGUAUGCAAUGUACCAGAUAUAGAAGCAGAUACUCCAGCUGAUAUUAUGGUAUCGGUAGUCACUCGGAGUACGUCACCUACACCUCCUGCUCAUAGUACAUUUCUACGAAGUAAGCAUGCUGGGCAACAAGAAUUUACUAUGUUAAUGGUACCACGAAAAUAUGAAAGAGGAGUGGAUGUCAAUUUACAAACCGACGAAAGAUUCCUCCGGAAUAUGCCUAGUUUAAAAGUAGUAUCUUCAAUUCCUAUACCUAGGUAUGUUGGUAGUAGGUCAGGCUAUAAUUAUUCGAAAUCUAAAGACUCUGGAUCAACUAGUGAUAAUUCAGGUCAAGAACAAGAUUCGUAUCUUUCUGACUCGUCUAGCCAUAGUAAAAGUCGUUCAAGUGGCGCAGAGACAUCAAAAUUACCUCAACCAAACUGGAAUAGAAAUAGAACUAUGGAAAAAAAUCGAGAAGAAUCUGGCAUUAGUCGCUCUCCGUCGCUUUCCAGUACAGCGGAAGAAAAACCACCAACGGGUAGAAAAAUCGAAGAACCUAAAUUAGUUACAAUUAGAAGUAUUGCACCAAUUUCUGGCAUUGCAGUUAUAUCCGAAGCACCUAAACUACAAUAUCCAUUAAGAAAAAUGGAUUCUUCCGAUCAAGCCUGGUGGUUACAAGAUUCGGAAAAUAAUAACGAAGAACCAAAUGUAUGUGCAAGUACAGAUUUUGAUUUAAAUAUGAACAACACACUAACUAAAAUCCCUUCAUAUAAUAUAAGGAAAAUGGAUUCUUCAGACAGAAAUCGAUGGUUACAAGAAGCUGAACAAGCUGAUAAUAAUGAUGUGCCUUUGUCGAGUACGGAAAGUAUUUCUAAUUCAGAAUCGACAAAGAGUAACUCCACAUCAAACAAAAGUCAUUCAUAUGGAAUUAGAAAAAUCGAUUCGUCUGAUAGAAAUCUAUGGUUGAAAGAAGCAGUCCAAGAAGAUUUAAUAAAUGAAAAACCAAAACCAUGUGCUCAUAGUAUUUCAAAUGUCGAAUGUAUUAAUACUCAAUCAAGCCUAAGUCCUACGUAUAAUAUUAAAAAAAUAGAAUCAAUGAUUGAAAGCCCAUGCUUGAAAGAUAUUGAAACUCAGGGCUCUAUAUUAUACAUUGAUAGUGUUUCAAAUCCAGAUACACAUACCAGUCAUUCUUUAUCGACUAAAAAUGAAACAUAUGGAGUUAGAAAAAUGGAUUCAUUUGAUUCGCCAUGGUGGUUAACAGAAGAAAAAAGUUCAUGCGCAAGUGAUGAAUCCAAAUUAAGUUCAAAUAUAAUAGAGCUUAGAAAAAGUGACCAUUCUCAAACAAAAAGUCCAGAAAUGACUGUAUCAUAUGGAAUCAGAAAAAUGGAUUCAUUUGAUAGUCCAUGGUGGUUAUCAGGAGAUGAGGCUAAACAAGUAAAUUCGUUAAGUGAUAUUUCAAUGAAAAACCAAAGUGCCGAAGAAAAUUCCAAUGAAUCAUUUCCAUUUAAUUCUGAAAAUGAAGUAAAUAUUAAUCCACGUGAAAAUCAGUGGUGGUUUGAAAAUGGCCACGAAUCUCAGUUGGAAACCGAUUUGCCUAAUUUAAAUGACAAUUCAAAUAUAGAACUGUCUGAUAAUAAUUACUAUGCAUCAACGAAGGAAUCAGAUUCAAUUGAUUGGUGGAAAGAAGAUAUUAUAAAAAAUACAGAUGCAAGAAGUACAAGCAUUUCAACUGAUUGGUCACGGAACGUCCCCGAAUCAUUUGAUCAACAUACAAAUACUGCGACAGAUGGUCCUAUAAAAAUCAUGACUGGUGUUAGAAAAAUGGAUUCAUUUGAUAGCCCAUCUUGGCUAGCAAGCGAAGAAUCAGAAUCUCAAAGUAAUGAGCCUAAACAAACUAGUAGUGGUGAUGCAGUUAGUUCAAAUUCAAAACAAAUAGAAGAAUUAGCUGAUAGUAGUCCUGAUUGGUGGGGAGAAAAAAAUCAAAGCGAUGAUUUCGUUAGAACCAAAAAAACUUCUCUUCGAAUAAAGAAAAUUGAGAAUGUUGUAAAUGAAAUUGCAGAAAUACCUAUCAAUAAAGUUCAAAAAGAACCAAACUUGCAAGAUGAGCUGGACCAGUUAAUGUUAUUUAUUGGAGGUUGUCGGAAUAUUGAUGAUCUACUAGGAAACGAAGAACCUCCACCUGCAGCACCAACAACACCACCAGAUACCGAUUCAGACGAUUGUGUGGAGAUCAGACCUGACCAAGUUCAUAUUCACGACAGCACUGCCCAGAUGUCAACCAUACAAAAGAAACUUACGACGUUGGACGACGCCGCCCUGCAGCUGUACAAGGACGGCGAUUUCGGAUCUUACCUAGACAUGGAGGCGUCCAUUUCCGAACAACCGGAGGAAUUCGAAGGAUUUCAAAACGAUAAAAGAAACUCGAUUGUCUUGCGCACGCAGUUGUCAGUCAAAGUACACACUAUAAUCGACAAACUGAUGAACUCCGAAGGCAAAGAGCUCCGGAGGUGUUUGUUCGCGCUCAAGCACAUAUUUCAGGAGGAUAAGGAUUUGGUUCACGAGUUCAUACAGAACGACGGACUACGGUGCCUCAUUAAGCUGGGAUCGGACGUCGACCAGAAUUAUCAAAACUACAUACUAAGAGCUCUCGGCCAGGUAAUGUUGUAUGUGGAUGGCAUGAACGGCGUUAUCGAGGACAACCCGACCAUUCAAUGGCUGUACUCGUUGCUGACGUCCAGAUUCCGAUUGGUCGUCAAGACAGCGCUAAAGCUGUUGCUGGUCUUCAUCGAGUACGUUGAAUCCAACUGUUUGAUUUUCAUACAAGCCGUACUCGCGGUGCACCAAUCUAAUGGCACUCCAUUGUGGAGUAAUGUUAUGAAACUGCUCACCGAACCUGAUAUGGUCGACACUGAACUGUUGGUGUAUGCGAUGACGUUAAUCAAUAAGACAUUGAACGGUAUACCGGAUCAAGACACAUAUUACGAUCAAGUUGAUUCUAUCGAGGAACAAGGAAUAGAACAAGUUAUACAGAAAUACAUGUCGAAGCCGGGAACUGAACUUGAUCUUCUCAGACAACUUCAGAUUUAUGAAGUUGUUCUGCAACACGAAGAUGGAGAUAACAAAUCUACUCCAAUCAGAGUAGACCAUUCAAUCAGAAAAACAUUAAGAAAUAGAAAAUCAUUGAAUUCAUCAUUAGAUUCUGCGGAUAGAAGAAAAUCUAGAAGACACUCAGCCGGUAAUCCAAGUGUUCAAAUGCCUUUACUUAUGGAAAGGCUCGAUAUAAAUCCACCUUUACCAAAACCGAACAAAUUACCUCAUCCAGGUGAGGACGCUGGAGUGACCCCUGGCUUAAAACGAAGAAGGGAACGUGCUCAAAGACAACGGAGCUUGCUCCGGGAGCAGUAUAAGAACAAUAUAGCUCGACCAGACUGGUCUAGUACUGACGAUCAAGGUGAAAGUUCUGAAGGUCAAAAUGGGUUACAUCCGUUUAACUUGUCUUUCUGUAAUGGAGACUCGCAAGUUCAAAGGGAGAGCUCGGUAAAAGACCUGACACAAAAAUUGACAAACUUAAGAAGUCCGGAUGAGUCACCUACCAAAUUGGCUCCGCCUUUAGAUGAUAUGAGAGGAAUUAUUUCAAAAGCAAUGGAAGGACUUGCUAAAUCUCAGUCAAAAAAUGAAGUCGUGAAAAGUCCAACCUCGGAUUCGGCCAUAGAUAUACUGUCGAGAAAAACUGAGACUGAUUUACAAUGGGAGAGAUUAGUAAGCGAGUGCGAUCGUUCUCUUCAGUUAUGUGACUUAGAUUUCUCAACUUUACACUCUGACGACGAUUCUGAUGUGUUAGCGUGUUCUUCAUUACUUGGAGGUAUUCCUCCUCCUCCACCUCCUUGUCCUAUGCUACCACCCAUGCAACAACAUGUUGCAAAGAAAACCAAAAAGACUGUAAAACUAUUUUGGAAGGAAGUUAGAGAUGACCCUAUCGCCAGAGUAAAAUUGAACUCCGAACGCUUGUUAUGGGAAGAAUUAAGUCCCGUUGAAGUUGAUACUCAUAAACUUGAACAUUUAUUUGAAUCUCGUGCAAAAGAUUUUAUUACUAAGAAACAACAAGAAAUUAAUAAAACAAAAGAAGUAAUCGUAUUGGAUCCGAAACGAUCAAAUGCAAUUAAUAUAGGCAUGACGAAGCUACCUCCACCGCGAUCCAUCAAAGCGGCCAUAUUGAAAAUGGAUCCGACAGUUAUAAAUCGAGAGGGAAUAGAGAAACUUAUGACUAUGCUUCCUAGCGACGAAGAACGAAACAAAAUUCAAGAGGCACAGUCUGCGUGCCCGGAUUUGCCUUUGGGCAGCGCUGAACAGUUCCUAUUAACAUUAGCAUCGAUAUCUGAACUUCCAGCUAGGUUGAAACUGUGGUCUUUCAAAUUAGACUAUGAGAAUGUAGAAAAAGAAAUCGCUGAACCACUAAUGGAUUUAAUGCAAGGAAUUGAAAUAUUGAAAACUAACCGCACGUUCAAGGCGAUAUUGGGCACAUUGCUGUCAGUAGGCAUAUUUUUAAACGGAACUGAAGUCAAAGGAUUUCAAAUUGAAUACCUGGCUAAAGUACCAGAAGUCAAAGACACCGUGCACAAGCAUUCUCUUCUUCAUCAUUUGUGUCAUAUCGUUAUGGAUAAGUUUCCCGAUUCCACGGAUUUAUAUUCAGAGAUCGGUGCUAUUACACGUGCGUCAAGAGUGGAUUUCGGGGAAAUAGCUGCGACGUUGUCAAAAGUAGAACAAGAGUGCAGGGCGUCUUUCGACCAUUUAAAGACGAUCAGUAAACACGACGGGGCGACUGCAAUAAAAUCUAAAAUGUCAGAGUUUUUGGCUGACUGCGCUGAACGUAUUGUGGUGCUUGGGAAAGUCCACCGACGCGUUGUGAACCGUUUCAAUAAAUUUUGUCUCUGGCUUGGAAUUCCUCUUCACAAAGUCCAACUCACCAAGCCCAACGAGUUGUGCCGAAUCGUAUCUGAGUUUUCGCUGGAAUACCGUACCACCAGGGAGCGUGUCAUCCAGCAACUGCACAAGAAAGCUAGCCACCGGGAGCGGAACAAGACGCGUGGCAAGAUGAUAACGGAAGUCGGAAAAAUCGACAAACAAGACGCCGACACUGAACUCAGACAGCUGUUGGACAAAGACCCUUCGCACAACAGGGUGUUCUCGUGGAGGAAUCAGUGUAGGCAUUCUUUGGGAAAUACCAACGGUGUUCAUUUGAGCAACGACGAUGACGAACUGAUCGAGAGCCUGGUGAAGACGGUCACUGCCACGGCCGGCGGGGCGAACACGAGAACAACGCAGAGGGAACGUAAGAGAACUAAAGACGCUCAUAGAAAAUCACUGAUCAAAAGGUCUCGAACUAGGGAUAAUAUACCGAGGCAAAGUAGCAGUCACUCUCGUAAUUCGAUGUCGUAGUUUUGUGAGACGUACGUUGCGGAACGGUCUAAGCGACGAAGACAAAAAACAUUUGGCAUCAUUCAUAAAGGGCUACUGAACUGUGAUAUCCAUGACGUCAAAUAUCUUAUGACUGAUAAUAAUAUUUUAGACGUUUCUUAAUAAUUUUCCUAAUUCAUUUUAUUUUUACUUAUAUAUAUUUAAAACUCAACAAUUAUUAUCAAACUAUUCU